AUGGGGAGUCCUUCUGAACAUGAUUCCGCCUACGACAAAGGAUUCAGACACCACAUUAACCAAAUUGCUGGAGGUAUCACAGAAGCUAGAAGUUGCUGUGAUAAUGCUAGCAGUCGUGGUAACAAUGUCAGCAAUGUGAUUCGCAGUCAAAUCAGCAUCCUCAUAGCAAAAGUUGAAACAUUAACUGAACAGAGAGACCAAAUGAUAGGAGAAAGUCAAAGAUUACAAGAAAUCCAACAUUCAAACCAGGCAACUGAAUUUGGAAGAGAAAUAUUUUCACUCACAAAUCAAUUAAACAUCUUGAACCGAGAGAAUGAGGUUCUGAAGGAAGAGAUUCAGAAAGAAGCCAAAACUGUUCAGGCUUUAUCUCAAAGUAUUGCGGUUUUAAAAUCUAUGAAUCAUUCAAUACAAGCUGAAAUCAAAUCGGAAGUCCAAAUUAUUCAAGAGACCUUGUCUGGAGUCAUAUCAUGCCAGAUUUGUUGUGAAACAUACGGGUCUUUGUCCACCAAUGAAAAUAGAAGGCCCAUCCAUUUGUUGUGUGGCCAUAUCUUCUGUGCUACUUGUUUAGAUACAGACUGGAAGUUUUGCCUCAAUUCUGGAAACCCUGAUCCUUACUGCUGCUUCAACCGUUGGGAUGUUGAUCCAAGUAGACUUGGUGAGGUUUAUUUGCUGGAAGAUGUAAAAGAAGUCUUGGCCAAAAUAAGCACCAUGUAA